UGUUACUGACGUUCGCGGCCUUCCUUCCCUCAGCGUCCUCCAGAGUGAAAUUGUCCCACUGGAACUCUAUGUACCACCUGAAUAUAGUCGUACGAUGACGACAAUCAUUCUUUAAUGCAAGCGUCAUUUCUUCUAAGCACUGGUCUAUGCUUAGACCACCCGUAAGGUUAUACCGUAAAAUUGCACUCAUCUCACUACUAACAUGCAGCCUUCUGCGUCCGUUUGUUAAGUCAUAUUGCAAAACUUUUAUAGUACCGUUUGUACAUUUUUCGAAUCAGAAUUGAAUAUAUUCACCUAUACA